CCGAGGCGCGGGCGGCCGGCUCCAGGGCGGCGGGCCGGCGCCGCGCCGCGUCGCCUUCAUCCCGGACCCCUGCGCCUUCUCCUACGCCGACUUCGUGACGGGCUUCCUGCUGCCCAACCUGCCGUGCGUGUUCUCCAGCGCCUUCACCGAGGCCUGGGGCAGCCGGCGGCGCUGGGCCACGGCCGCGGGCAAGCCCGACUUCGAGUACCUGGUGCGCGAGUACGGAGACGUGGUGGUACCGGUGGCCAACUGCGGGGUGCAGGAGUACAACUCCAACCCCAAGGAGCACAUGCCCCUGCGGGACUACGUCACCUACUGGCAGGAGUACAUCCGGCGCGGCGGCUCCUCCCCGAGGGGCUGCCUCUACCUCAAGGAUUGGCACCUGUGCAGGGGCUGCUCUGCAGAGGACCUGGAGGACGUGUUCACGCUGCCCGUGUACUUCUCCUCUGACUGGCUGAAUGAGUUCUGGGACGUCCUGGGUGUGGACGACUACCGCUUCGUUUACGCGGGGCCCAAGGGCACCUGGUCGCCGUUCCACGCCGACAUCUUCCGCUCCUACAGCUGGUCAGUUAACAUCUGUGGGAGGAAGAAGUGGCUGCUGUUCCCACCGGGGCAGGAGGAGGCCCUGCGGGACAGCCACGGCAGCCUGCCCUACGACGUGACUGCCCCUGCGCUCCUGCAGAGCGGCCGUCCGCUGGAGGUCACACAGGAAGCCGGGGAGAUGCUGUUCGUGCCCAGCGGCUGGCACCACCAAGUGCACAACCUGGACGACACCAUCUCCAUCAACCACAACUGGGUCAACGGCUGCAACCUGGCCAACAUGUGGCACUUCCUGCAGCAGGAGCUCCAGGCCGUGCAGCGGGAGGUCGGCCAGUGGAAGGACUCCAUGCCUGACUGGCACCACCACUGCCAGGUCAUCAUGAGAGCCUGUUCGGGGAUCAACUUUGAAGAAUUUUACCACUUCCUCAAGGUCAUCGCUGAGAGGAGGCUCCUUGUCCUGGGCCAGGGGGAGCCGGGGCACGGCGCGGGCCUGGGGCUGGGCCUCCAGCAGGCUGUGUUUGACAUUGGCCGCCUUGCAGAGGUGCUGGCCUCUGUGGUCGCACACCCUGACUUCCAGCAGGUGGACACCAGCACGUUCUCGCCGCCGCCCCGGGAUCUGCUGAGGCAGCUGCGGGAUGCCCUGGAGGCUGCUGAGGCCCUGUAGUGCCCGCAGGCACCAGAAGAGGGCAGCCUCGCUAGAGCCUGCUUAGAGGCCUCCUCGCCCGAUGGCUGGGCAGGCCCUGGCCCCUGGAGCAGCGUGGGCCCCGGGCAGGUCCCUUUAGGUCUCCCUCCUGGGGAUCUCUGGGGAGGUCCAGCAGGGGUGGGCCUCAGCCACUGUUGCACCUGGGAUGCUGAGGCGUCUGUCCCUCCAGCCUGCAGUGAGCCUGCCAAGGACUCAGGUUGUGGCCGUGUGAUGAGCCCGCUCGCCGCCCCACAGCCUCCUGAGGGUCCGACAUCCUGUCUGCUGGCCUGGGGCUCCCUGUGUGGCCGGGCUCCCUCCAGGUCACGGGCGCACAUGGCACCGUCCUCUGCGUCCCCUAGCUCGACCUGAGGCUCCAGCCGCAGGAGCCGGGUGCCUGUGCAGGUGGGGGCUGCUUGUUGUGCUGGGCGCUGUCCCCCCCACCGGCGAGUGCGUGGUGUGCAGCUGGCCUGGCGUGGGGCCCAGCAUGGUCUGUGCUGUGGCCCUGGGGGCGCCCGUGUCUGCACUCUGCACACGGGCUGUUGCCAUGCACACAGUGCCAUUCCCAGCCCACCCAUGGUGCCGGGCACCCCGUGCCUCUGGUGCCUGUGCCCCUCGCACCGCAUCCGCAGCGGCAGGCGCAGCUGCGGGCAGAGGCGUGAGGCCCCCGUGAGUCGCUGCGCACUUGCCCCGACCCUGGCCUCGAGAGAGUGUGGUGCGCAGGGAGGGCUGGGGUGGGGUGGAUCCCUCAGGGCCACUCCGAGCCCCAGCGCUGGGGCUCCUGGGACCCAUCUGGAGUGGGAGGCGUGGGUCUGCCCGGUCCCUCGUGGCUGGGGCCUGUCUCUGCCGGGGGCCCUACAGCGGGGGUGGCAGCCCCACACACGUGCGGUGAUGUCCUUGGGGGCAAGUGUGCGAGCCCAGAAGGGCAAGGGCUUGUUCUGUCCAAUAAACGAUGCUAGGUGCCUGGGAAA